AUGAAAUCUAAUUAUGCAGAAGCAAUAAAACAUAAUAGCAUUUGGUAGAUUGACUUCAACAAAAUUAUUCACAAGUAUAAGAAGUAUGGGGAAGAUCCAUAACAUAUUGAAAAGAUACACAAGAAAACAUUGAAACUUUUUGAAGCAAUAAAGAAGGAAAAUCCUUAACAAAAAAAAAGUAAAGAUAAGAAGAAAUAGAAUGGCUAGAAAAAAUAGGUUUAGUUUAAUGACAAUGUAUAGAUGAAGGAGAUUGAUAGCUUUAACGGGAAUAGGACUUGGAAUGAUCACAAGAAGAAAAAUCUUAACAAGGGUAAAUUUUCAGAAGAAGAGGUUAAGAUGCUAAUGAAUUCAAUCUGCCAAUAUGUUUAGGUUAAUAAUCUGGGAGAAGAUGAUUUAAUUAAACUAUGCUCAAAAUCUAAGGAAGAGCUUGGUGAAGAACUCAAAGGUGCUUGGUGUAAAAUAUCUGAGAGUCUUUAAGAUAGAAGCGUAUAGUCAUGUCAUAACUUCUGUAGAAGGAAAUUCAAUCCAAACAACUAUAAUGGCAAAUGGACAGAGGAUGAGGAGGCUAUGCUAAUUGAGUUAGUCAGAGAUAGGGGCCAUUAGUGGAAAGAAAUAGCAAAUGUCAUAAAUGGAAUGUUUGAUAGAAGAGAUCUAACUGAUUAAAAGUUCGGAAGGACUCCUGAGAACAUUAAGGAUAAAUGGAAACACUUAGGCGGUGAUAAUAUUGACUAUAGAAAAAAAGGUCCAUGGACUAUUGAAGAAGGAAUUAGUUUAUUAAGAAGCAUCUGUAUUGCCAACAAUGUUUAAUUGAUAAAGAAAAGUAAGCAGGUUCACUUCAAAUUUGACAAAGAAGGUAAAAUUCUUGGCAGCAAGAGGAUAAAGAUUAAGGAUGAUGACAUCUACAUUUAUGAUAAAUUCAUCCAACUUGAUUAGAUAGUGCCUCUAAUUACUAAGAAAAAAAGAUGUAAAAAGGUAAUUCCAACUCUGGAAAUAAGUUGGACUGCAAUUUAGACUGCUAUAAAAACUAGAUCUGUGGAUGACAUUAGAAACUAUUGGAAUCUCAAAUUGCUACCAUUAUUAGUACCAUCACUUGCAAAUUUGGAAUGGGAAUAAGACGAUGAUAUAGACCUGCUCAACGAGAUUAUUGAAAUGGACGUAACUGAUACUAUAGAUCUAGAUUUUGAAUAGAUUGGUGAAAAUCUUGACAAAAACUCCGACAACUGCCAACGAAGAUGGGAAAUUCUCCUUAAAGGAUUAGGAGGGAUCCCACCAGGAAAGAGAAUCAAUGUAAAGAUGAUUGCAAAAUAACUUAUUCACGAUAUUAAAACUAAGCAGGAAAGAUAUGUACCUUGGAUCAGCAAUAAAAAUUCAAGUAGAAAUGGGACAAAUCAAUAUAUAAAUAUCGUUGAAUACUAUAGAAAGCAUUUCUUGGGGAAACAAUGA